GAAGAAGACGGAGGCGGAAGUGUAAUAGGAAACAUGGCGGCGCCUUGUGUGGACACUUUCAGGACACAUCGACUACAGUCACAGAAACGUAACUAGUGUCCGCACUGACACUCUGGAGUGCUUUUCUAAUAAUGUGGAUGAAGACAGCCGGAGGCUCUCUGAGGGUCCUCCACCUCCUCCAGAACUGCUGCAUACACAGCGGCUGGAGGAGGACUGAUGGGGGACAGCGGCGGCUCUGUAGACUCAUGUCCUCGUCAGGACCCCCAUGGAGGCUCCUGUUCUUUGGCACAGAUCAUUUCGCUGUGGAAUCUCUAAAACUCCUCAAUUGCAGCAGGAGCUCCAGUGGAGGGGUAGUGGAGUCCCUUGAAGUCGUUACUUUGUCUGGUGACGUCCCGGUAAAGAGGUUUGCUCAACAGAACCGCCUUCCACUCCACAGCUGGCCCCCUGACAAGGUGGACGGACAGUUUGAUGUUGGCGUGGUGGUGUCCUUUGGCUGUUUACUCCCUGAGAAGCUGAUCAAUAAGUUUCCACACGGGAUUUUGAACGUUCACCCCAGCUUGCUGCCGAGGUGGCGAGGUUCUGCACCCAUCGUCCACACCAUCCUGCAUGGUGACGCUGUGACAGGGGUCACCAUCAUCCAGAUCCGCCCUCACAGGUUUGAUGUGGGCCCCAUUGUCAACCAGGAGCUCCACCCGGUCCCCGAGAAAUGUACUGUUGAAGAGCUCGGAGCUGCCCUAGCCUCUAAGGGAGCACAUCUGCUGAUUGAUACAUUGAUGACGCUGUCUGAGAGAAUGGCACAUAAAAGGGAGCAAGGACAGACGGGUGUUACAUUUGCCCCGAAAAUCAACACUUCCAUGAGCUUUGUGGUGUGGGAGGAACAGACAUGUGACCAAAUCGAUCGCCUGUAUCGUUCUAUCGGAUUCCGGAUGCCUUUGAGGACCAUAUGGAUGGACAAAACAGUACAACUUCUGGAUUUUGUAGGAAAAUGUCACAUUUCAUUAGCAGAUCACAGGACGCAACCAGUCCCUGGCUCAGUGAGCUAUCAGAAGGAGUCCAGUACUCUGGCUGUCUGCUGUAAGGUCUGUCCAACUCUUUUAAACUCUAAAAUAGUGACUAUGUAUGCACACAGUAUACACACAGUUUUACAGUUUACUUUUUGUCACUGCAAAUGAAAUAUUUUAUGAAAUCUUGUUCAAUAAUCAAGUGAAGUUGAAAAAAAA